AUGGAUCAUGAGGGCCUCUCGCAUCUAGCGCCACUGCCGUCGGCGAUCGACACGACAAACCAGGUGCGCCUUUUCACACAUGUGCCUGGCGGUCUCAUGCACAUCAUGGACGACCAGACGCGCCGGAGGCCGCGAAAAAACUCGCUCACGAUGGUCGAGGCGAUGCAGCGCCGCUGGGUCCAUCAUCGUGCGCUGCACGUCGACAAGCCUGACCGCCUUGGGCCGCAGGCGUUCACCGUGACGCACUUCCACGGCCGCGUGUCGUACGACCCGCAUGGCUGGCUCGAGCAGAAUGAUGCGUCGUACGCGUCCGAGCACCUCGCCCUGCUGCGGGGUGCGACCGCAUCGACCUCGUCGCGCGACAGCGUGUUUGGCUCGACGAAUGCGUUUGUGCGUGGCUUGUUCCGGCACCUGCCCGAGACAGCGCACGUACAUACGCCCGCGACGCUGCGUCCGACACGAGCGCCCAGCACCAAACGCGUCGCGCGUCAGCGCACACUGCGUGCAGCCACGUCGCGGCAUCCGGACGACGACGAUGU